AUGACGAUAGACCCCAUUCCACCCCCCGGCGCCGACGACAUCGCCAUCGUCCGAGCAACAGUCGACAACGUCCCAGCGGUGCUUCGCCUCCUAGACAGCGCUGUCCACUGGCUCGCAUCAAAUGAUCGAGUCGGACAAUGGGGCACAGUGCCCUUCUCCGAGAAACCGAAACAAGUCGAGCGACUGAAAGAGUUCGCGACGACAGGCUUGGGCGUUUGGCUCGCUGUAAAGAUGUUCCAUACCCCAGAUUCAGAUCAACCACCGGAAACACUCUACAAGAGUGAUGAUGGAACAAUCCAGGGGGUUGUUGUUGGGGCGCUUGCUGUGGGUGAUAUGAUGCCGUAUGUCACGCCCGUGUCAGAGCCCGAACUUUACGUGCGGUUGUUGGUGACGGAUCGGAAACGGGCGGGGAAUGGAAUUGGAGGGCGUCUUCUUCACCAUGCUCGGGUUUUGGCGAAGCAGGCUGGGGUCUCGUUGUUGAGGGUGGAUUGUUAUGCUGGCGGGGAUGGGAAGCUGGUUCGGUAUUACGAGUCCCAGGGGUUUGAGCGGUUUGUGAGGUUGGACCUCGAGGGGGGUUGGCCUUGUCAGGUGUUUACGCAGCGGCUAGGAGAGAAGAUAGAGUAA